AUGACAUUGAGCCUCAAGGUCAUUCAUGACAUUCAGAAGGGGAUGUAUAGUUUUGUGUACUUAAGCCCAGAGGUGUUCCUCAACAGUGGUCUUUUCACCGAUCUGUUUUUCAGCUACGAGUUCCAAAAUAAACUGGCAUUGAUUGUGGUCGAUGAGGCCCACAUGAUUUACUUGUGGGGCCUUGUGGCAUCCAGGGCUAGCAAGUCACUCAACAGCUUCGAUCGACAUCAGGACCGUUCGGUUUUCCGACCGUCGUUUGGGUGUAUGGCGACUCGAUUGAUGGCAACUAAUAAUGUUCCACUGCUCAUGCUAUCUGCAACCUGCCGACCGAUUGCGGUUGAUUCAAUUCUUCAAAACCUCAAACUACAGCAAACUGAUGUCAAAAUGAUCGACGGGGAACUCACUCGGCCGGAGAUUCGACUGAUUCACAUAUCUAUGACUCAGACGCUGAAAUCGGUGGAUGAUCUGUUAAGGGUCUUUUCCCCGCAUACAAAAACAUCGGCCAAUGACACAGUGCCAACUCUCAUCUACUCUGGUUCUCGUAACGCUACUUUCAAUGUGAUGAAGGUUGUUAAUGAAGCCAGGAAGACCAGACUCCAUGAAUUUGACCCUGCGGACGGAUUUAUUCGUCGGUUCCACUCAUGCACUGAUGAUGACGACAAAAUCACAAACAUGAAGGACUUUACAGAUGGGAAAUUCCCAAUCUUCUCAACCACGAUGGCCUUGGGGCUCGGUCAAAAUCUCAAACGUGUCCGCUGUGUCAUCCACAUGGGCCGCGGGGACCCAGCUUCUAUCGUUCAGAUGGUCGGAAGAUGUGGGAGGGGUGGAAAUGGUGGUUUGGCCUUGAUGUUCAUGGAGCCGAUCCGAAAGAAAGGGAAGAACUCGGUCGAUGAUUUUGAUCUGAUUGGAUUCCAGGAUGACGAUACUCGUAUGGAUGCGUUGGCGGUCACGCCCGUGUGCUUAAGAAUAGCUCUCACAGUCGACAAUUUGAAUGGAUACAUCCCUCUAACUACUGAGGAUCCUCAUUACCAGACUGAGAAGGCCCGAGAGAUAUCAAAGCGCUUCCCACCAUGUGACUGUUCAAAUUGCAUGCCAGCGGAGGCCGAGGCAAUUAUUGACAAAAUCCAGCAGAUGAACACACGGAACUUCGACACCUUUCGGAAGGAUCCUCUCUCAAUUGCAAAGGACAAGUCUUUCAAGGUCCUGGUCCGCAAGAAAAAGCAAAAACCCCCCAAACCAACUUGUAAAUAUCCGAAGCAUAUUUCCGCUCAUCUGAAGGAGACUUUGAUAGCCAAAUUCAACUGCUUUUUCCUGGAGACCCUUGGACCGUCGCCUGAAUUCCGUCCCUCAGUGUUUUUUGGCGAAUUAGAAGCUCAGGCAAUAACAGACCACAUCGAUAAAAUUACUCAGGAUAACACUCUCGAUACUGUUUUACUGGGGAAGGUCAUUGGGGGGGAAAUUUUCCCUGGGCAAGUGACAUCUCUGGGUGAGGCCAUCAAGGCUUGGUUCACAAGCGAGUUCUACCAUCGAUAUCUGCAAGCCUGUGAGGCUCACCAGGUCUGGUUAGAGAAUGAAGGCAUUCGAUUACGCAACGAAAGGGAGGAAUAUAUUGAACAACGGAAGCGGGAUGUGGCGGCUCAGGCCGCACACCGAAGGAGACUGAUUGCCGCCGAGAAAGCUGAAAGUAAAAAGCGGGCACUGGACGAGUAUGCGGGUGCCAUUGUCGAGAAAGAUCAGGUGCUGGGUUCUUCAGUAUCUAGAAGUCAGAACAAUAAACACAACUUGGUCAACAAUGCUGAGGCAAGAUCGAAUCGACGCUGGGAAAUUGCAGCCGAAAAGGCUAAGGCCCAAGCUGAUAGGAGCAAGGGAAAGGUAAAGUGA